GCAGCAGGGGGCGCUGCGUGCAACAUCCAGCGGCCAGCAGCAUGACGUCAUUCGCCAAGGAGGAAGCCGUCCAGCUGUCACAGCUCCAGCGUCGCUGAUCAGCCCUGGAAAGCCUGCCUGGCACAGCUGGACCGGAGCCACCCGGAAGUAAGAGCGACGUCCGCCCGACCCCAACAUGCAUUUGGAGAAGCGGACAGUUUGGUUCUGAUUCUAGAUGCAGUUUCUGCCUCCGGGAAUCGGAGUCCCAGGCAAGAGGGGAGAGGGGCGAGACCCAGCAGCCUGAGCUGUGGUGAAGCUCCGAGACGUCGUCUUGUUUCAUGUUGGAACAUGUCACCUCAGGAGCCUAAACCACCUUCGUAUGUCUCUAGAGAUGUUUGUUAAUAAUUCCAGCAUGUCUCUGUGCUCACCAAAGCAUGAGAACUUCCCCAGUUUCCACUGCAGUCAGAUUAAAGCAGAGAACACGCAUGGAUGGGACCCUGCCCAGUCAGGGCACCUCACUGGACAAACGGCUGAAGAGCCUGUCCAUCCAGACCCAAUCAAAUCUGAGCCGGGUGAACCUGGUGAGGUCGCCUAUGAGCAAAUCGGCGACAUUGUGAUCAAAACAGAGAGUGACCUUGACUGUAAGAAGGCAGAAGCGUGUGUUUGUGAACCCAGCGACAAUGUUGGAGACUCGCUCAGCACCUUAGAGGGUGAAACUCAUCCUCAGGUUCAGGUUCAGAUCAAGGCAGCGAGUGAACAUGACAUGCUGCGAAAGAGGUGGCCAUGUCUACAUUGCAAAAAGAGUUUCAGUAAAAGAGAGUACAUGCAGGCGCAUGAGAAAAUGCAUUUAGGGCAGAGACCGUAUGCAUGUGCCGAAUGCGGGAAACCAUUCUUUCACUUGCAGACCCUGAGCAAACAUCUGAGAAAUCACACGGGAGCAAAGCCACACUCUUGCAGUGAGUGUGGAAAGACUUUCUCUUGUAUGAAAAAUCUGAAAAAACAUCAGCAAGUUCACACAAGAGAGAAACCACAUUCUUGUAUGGACUGCGGGAAGACUUUUAAGCGUUCACAUAGUCUGAAAGAGCAUCAGCGAAUCCACACUGGAGAAAAAUCGUGCUUUUGCACGGAGUGUGGAAGGGGCUUUUCUCGAUUAGGGAACCUGAAAGAACACCAGCGUAUUCAUACCGGGGAGAGACCGUGCUGCUGCACACAGUGUGAUAAGAGAUUUAAUACAGAAGGAGACCUUAAAAAACACCUCAGAAUUCACACUGGAGAGAAACCAUAUCUUUGUACUCAGUGUGGAAAAAGUUUUGGACAAUUAAGUGGCCUAAAGGAGCAUCAGAAAAUUCACACAGGAGAGAAACCGUUCUCCUGUCCUGAAUGUGGAAAGUGCUUCGGUCAAAGGGGAAACCUGAAGGAGCAUCUGCGAAUUCACACAGGGGAGAAACCGUUCUCCUGUCCUGAAUGUGGAAAGUGCUUCGGUCAAAGGGGAAACCUGAAGGAGCAUCUGCGAAUUCACACAGGGGAGAAACCAUACUCUUGUGCGGAGUGUGGACGCUGCUUCAGCCAGUUUGGAAGCUUGAAGGAGCACCAGCGGAUCCACACUGGGGGAGCGUCGCACUCCUGCGGAGAGUGCGGGAAGAGCUUCAGCCGGCUGGGAAAUCUGAAGAAACACGCAAAGCGCCUUCAUUUGGGCAAGAAGAAUCACACCUGUUUCGAAUGUGACAUGAACUUCAGCGAACCAGAGAACUUGGAAGAGCACCAGAGGCUGCACACGACAGACGGACAUCAGUGAUGUUUUAUGUCUGUAGAUGUAAUAUUAUCAUGUAAUAUUAUACUGAAGGAGUCGUCAAUCAAAGGAAAGAAGCUGUGGGGAAACUCAAUCUGCUGAAGAUUUCAGCCCUGAAACAUACCUGGGUAUCUGUGAAGUUGCCCCUCUUUUCGUGGGAGAUCUCAGACAGCUGCUGUUUACACUUGGGUACAAAUGUUUUAUUCCAUAAAAUUUUCAUGACAAAAAAACAUGGCUUGUCUUUCUAAUUUUUUUCAGUUUGCUUGACACUGUUCUGUAAAUCCCUCGUUCCACUAGAAGCUCCUGUAGAACGUUUCUGGGUCCUCGUGGUUUAUUGUAUAAGGACAACACAUCAAAAAUAUUUUCUGAGAUAUGCAUGGAACUGGUUUCCUGGCCAGAGAUAGGACUUCUGAGGCACCGGCCAAGCGUCCUUCAGAAAACGAGAGAUCUGGAGACGUCGAGGGUUACCAUGGCGAUAGCAUCAUGGCUAUGAUGAUGAAGCUGCCCUGGAGUUGACCUGUGAGUUCCAAAAAAGAGACACAUGGAGCACCAUGACAGAUAUCUUCAGAAAAUCAUGUUAAAUCAGGUUCCUUUUGGAGAA